CCCGAAGCAACGACAUGCGGUGGAAGGGCAUGACCCUGGCGCUCCUCGUUCAGCUUUCUCUGUGGAAGGCGUCGUCACAGACGGAGGCCCCCUGGGAGGGCAAGGACCUCUCGCUGCCGGAGCCUCCGAGCGACCUUCCACGCCUGAUCGGCGUCGAGGUGGCCUGCGGCAAGCGACACAUGCGUGUCCAGCUGCAGUUCAGCGCUCCCUUCCACGGCAUCGUGUUCUCCAAGGGACACCACGGGCAGCCCGAGUGCGUCUACGUGGGACCCCGUUCGGGCAUCACGGCCGCCAACUUUGACGUCUUCUACGACCGAUGCGGCACCAAGCCGGACCACCACGGCAGCUUCUACGAGAAUACGAUCGUGGUACAGUACGGCGUGGACAUCAUCGAGGCGUGGGACGAGGCGAAGCGGCUGCGCUGCGAGUGGCACGACGCGUACGAGAAGUCGGCGCUGCGCACGCCUUCCAUCCAGCUGGCCGACCUGGACGUCCAGGAGCUCAACUUUCAGGGCGACAGCGUUGGAUGCUGGAUGGAGAUCCAGGAAGGCAAGGGUCCGUGGGCGAAGCAGGUGUCCAGCAUCGUGCCGCUGGGCAGUCCGCUGACCAUGGUGAUCGCCAUCAACGACCGGGACAAGCAGUUCGACAUGCGCGUCAAGUCGUGCGCCGCGCACGACGGCCUUCGAGGCCCGAUCCAGCUGACGGACGACCGGGGCUGCGUCCUCCGGCCCAAGAUGCUCACGGCUUUCAUGAAGGUGCGCGACUUCAGCGGCAAGGCGAGCGUGGUGGCCUUCUCGCACUUCUACGCCUUCAAGUUCCCCGACACCAUCGAGGUGCAGAUACAAUGCGUGGUCGAGAUAUGCCGCCACGGAUGCCCCGACGACUGCCCCGGACACGAGCAGCACCCGCCUCACGGAGGCGGUGGUGACUUGCCCCCACCAAACCACUUGGAGGAGCACCCGCCACCGCCCGAACACCACCACCACCCGAGACCGCCGCAUCACCAGCGGCCGCACUACGCCUCCUCGUCGUCCCAGCAGGAGCAGAAGCUGGAGAACCCACCAUCACAGCAGCAGCAGCAUCGCCACGAUCCCCAGAGGGAAGGGGUAGCCGCGGGCAGUUCUCUGCACGCGAUCAAGCGCCAACCGCAGCCGCCACCUCAGCAGCAGCCGAGCAGCAGCGCCACCCAGCCCACGGUACAGCGUCAAACAGUUCCCUUCGGUCUCCCUCUACUGUCCGUCAACGUCCUGCCCGAUCAUUACUAUCCACCGACGCCGCCGGGUGUCCACAUGGGUCCACUGCACCCUCACAGCGUGGCCUCCGUGCACCAGGCUCCUCCGCCGCAUCUGUCGUUCCCUCAAAUGAACCCCCAUCUACAAGUGAUGCCCCGACGCCCUUCGUAUGAAGAGGCGGAUGAGCAGUUGCUGCAAGAAAGCCCACACAAAAGCGUCAUCACAGACCCUCCUCAGUUUUCUACGACACCUUCGCAGCACGAAGGCGCUUCCCACACAACCAUCGGGAAUAAAUUCGAGUCGAUCACCCUGAAAGAGUCCUCGAGAGAUAAAGAGCUACCACCGCCGGCCACUGCUCCACCCGAAGAAAAGCCCACCGUGCGGCCCCUUUACUACGAAGCCCCCAAGUCCGCGGGAGUGCAGUCGUCGCGUUUCGAACAGCCUGCCACCACGACGAAUCCCUCGCUGUCGCAUACAGAGGUCGAAUACGAAGACGAGGACGAAACGACGUCCGAUGUGCCGGCCACAACGACGACAGCGACCACAACGACCACGAGUGACGGAUCGUUUACGGCCACGACACGGGACACGUUCAACAUGCCUCCACCCGUGCGCCCGUACCCGCAAACACCUCCGCAGGAAGGGUCCAUUUCUGAGGGAAACAAGCUCGACGCUCCCGACCCUAGUUCUGCAAGACCGGUGUUCUUCACGUAUUCGCCACCUUCCAGGGCCCCAGUCCACAUCCCUAUCAAGGAGGACCCCAGUGACACCGAUGGCAAUGACUCUAGUGGUGGCAAAUUCAGCGCCAUCAGACCGCGGCCUCCGGCACCGGCUGGCCCUACCGGCGAGGUGUACCGACAUCCGAGACCACACUUCCCGUACCCGAUGUCUAAGAUCGGACUGGUCGGCGCACCCAACGCUGAUGUCUUUCAGGAAAGAAUCGACAUGGUCGCCGAAACAGCGUCGGAUCAUCCUUCUACUGUGUCACAGACCGAGACUACUCACGACGCGAACAAGUCCGAGACACCAGCGACCGAAACGUCGUCGACGACGACAACGACGGCGGACCCAACGCACGUUCACAAGGUUCCCAUCCAGGCCUCCGUGACGCUCAUGAGUGGUCGCUUUCCCAACGGUCCUCGCUCACUCAAGACCAAGCGCAACGCCGUCGGCUCGUCCGACCAGCUUGGUGUCCGCGGCUCGUUGCGAGUCAUCGCGGGCGUCGACUUGGCUUUCCUGCCUAACGUGACCAGGGACGACGCUGCCGUAUUCACCGGUCGUUACGAAGAGAUUAUCUACGGCGUCUGCCUCCCGGCCACGGGUCUGGCCGCGAGCGUGGGCGCCUUCGUGCUGCUCAUCCUGUGCACCACGUGCAUUGCGGCGUACCUCUACUACGUGCUCAGGACGUACGAGGCCAAGUCGAAGCAGUCGUUCGUACUGCGCAGGUUUCUCUCGACGUACAGAAACAGAAAGAUGAAGCACUGAAAACUGCCCAGCCGAGGGCGUAGAUUUAUAACGGUGUUUUUCCUUGAAAAGCCCCGUGAAACAAUCUCAGGAAAGGAAAACUUUGCGCUCGUGACGACGUUGCAACCCUUGCGUUCCGACAGCUGGAUAGUGUGCCGAAGGUUGUUAGGUUGUGAAGCGUUGUGUGAACAUGCAUCAGCGUGGAUUGUGGAUGGUUGCGGCUGUCGUUACGGAUUGUGACGUUGCGGUCAUGCCAACAGGACGUCAUCUGCGAGCAAAGACAAAAGUGCGGUGGUGUCCAUCGAACAGUUAUCGACUGGUGCGUCUGUACGAGCUCCCGUUUAACAAAUGACCGAAAGCUGAUGGAAAAAAAAUAGAAUGGGCAACUGUGGCGCAGUCGCAACGAAGCGUGAACACGGGCGUUCGGCGAACGUGAAGUCUUGCGCCCGCCUAAGUAUACACAUGGUCGAGCUCCGGUAACUUAUGAAUAGACCUUCCCACCGAGCACAUUGUCAUCGUAUACACGCGAUCACCCCGCUUCUAGUGCAGAGUGCUCCACCUUAUCCAGUGCAUUACGAUACCUGGAUUAACAAGACGGCCGGCCGCCGUCGGUUCCUCGAAGCAAGGUGCUCCAAAAGACAAAACCUUCCGUGUGAAACGGACAUGUGUGUGUAUGUGCGUGUGCAUGCUUCUUUUUUCGCAACGAGGCGCAGUGUUGUUGUUUUUUUUUUAUCUGUCCGCGUGUACGAAAGGUGCGAGAUGCUGGGAGUAUCUCACCGUGUGAUGUGAACUCGGAAGCACUCAGCUUUCCGUGCCUCGGUGUUCUUGUUUGUGUGUGCGUGUGUGAACGGAACAGAACAUUCAUAAUCGCCGCAAUUAGCGGACGCUUUCGCAUCCGUGUUCUCGACACCGCGGUAAUUGGACGCAACUGAAGUGUUUUCCUAGCGAUGCGACGCUAACGAGCACGCGCAUGUGCUUUUUAGAAACUGCCAACGGUGUCAUGUGACUAAUGCUUGUGAAAUUGCUCGCAAUACUACUGACCUACCGACCUAUUUGCUUUCUCUCUGCACGUUUGGGAGGUAACCAAUUAAACGACUACGCUUGUCUCUCGGAGCAGUGCUAGAGAGAAAAAAUAUAUAGUAGCAACUAACCUGAAAGUGUGUAUACGUCAACGUAGGUACGUAGCUUGUGUACAGCCUCGUU